ACUACACUCUAUUUGAUAUUGCAUGGUAGUAUACGUAAACAUGUACUAGCACUACUGUUAAGUGCCGCGGUAUUGCAUAGUAUAUGAAUUGUGUUGUAUAGUUUAUAACUACACUUAUCUUACUGUAGGUUACUGUGUGUAAACUGGUGUACUGCCUUAUGCACGUUUAUGUACCGACAGUAUUACUCCUACCAACCUCAAUCUGUGCACUGAUAGUAAAAUUUAAAGGUGCAGCCCUGUAAUUCAGAAUCGGAAUAUUUACAUAUACUUGAGGAAUCCGAUGAGCUAUAAAGCUCUUUUUCACAGAUGUCGAGUAGGGGCGGGUCAGAAAGUAACAACAAUAAACAUUACAGGAGGGCAAAAUGUAGAUUCCCUGCUCACGCCACUGCUGGCCAAAGUGCUUCCACUCGAGGGUGUUUGGUCUACUCUUCCACGCUGACCAGACGUCUUGGUGGGAGUGCCCACAGUGUUAGAACCAUAGUUUAAUACGGUACUGUAUGCGGGUUAAUGUAUAUUUAAUGUGCACAUCUUUGAUGCGAAACUAAAUGUAAAGUGCCGAUUAUGCGUACAAAAAAAUGCAACACUUUCGUCAAAAUUACAUAUUGCCUUAAAAAGGAAAACCAUAUAUAGGCGACGUUUUGGACAGUGGCCCGUUUAUGGCGCAUACAAAAUAUUUAUAUGUUUAACGCAAUGUUAUUGACGAACGUGAGAUUUCUUUGUUUAUUAUGCACCGACUACAUAGUGUAUACACCUCGAUUUUACUAGUUAUUUCUCUUUUUUCCUAUUUAUCAAUACGGUAUUGGUUGCCACAGUUAUUCCAUUUAGUCCAGAAACUUUGCAUUUUUUUCAUACUGUAAAUAACGGUGGCUUUUCUUCAAGCGUGACAUCUAGAACAUUGUUUUCUCAGAUAUAUUAAUGUGCUAUAACUAUCUCUGUAGUAAUCCAGUGUUUAUGGGUCUUUCUUACUUUUAUGCUCUUAUUUAUUGAUGACGUCUGCAAUUGCAUUUGUGUUCUCCGAUAUUUCUCAUUCUUUUCCUAUUUACAGGGUGGUUUCAGAUAAUGUGUUCUCUGCCAUUUUUUACCUUGCCCCCAAUACGUAGUAUACUUGGGUGUUUCAUGAUUUAAAGUGCUGACAUCCAUUUAAUCAUUUACUUUUCGUGGUAUUUUAAUCUGUUGCGUAUCGUAUAUAUUUAGAUAUACAUCCUAUACUAUACCACAUGCUGUUAAUAAUCUUGUUUCUGCAUGCAGGCGGCGUUGUCUUUGCUGAAGUGUACCUUGGAAUUCGUCAGUCUAGUCACUUCCGAUGUUGAAAUUGCUGACAUUUUACAGUCUGGUUUACGUCCAUUAUAAUCAAGUUUUAAUUCUCAUUGCGGGCUCUUCCAUGUCCAUUUCCAAGAUUCCUUUUUGAAAACGAUGUUCAUCAUCUUCAAGAUGCUGCUGGCUACAAAGUCUAAGCACCAUUCUCUUUAAUUUCAGAAUCAGAAUCUUUACUUGAGGAAUCCGAUUUCUCCAAUGCAGUACAAAUCUUACCUAGAAUUCUCUUGUCUGGUCAUUUUAACUACGGGCUUUGUGUGCCAUCACUUUGGGAAAACAACAGUAACAACGAAAGGCAAAACAGCAGGGACAAGAUGAUGAGGUACUGGGGGGAGAUCCCAGUGUCUCCCAGUCAGUCACUGCGCAGUGCUGUGGAGCUGCUCCAGCCUGAGCCCCGUGCGGCAGAGGUGCGGGAGCCGGCAAUGCUGCAGCCUUGCGCAGUCAGCCCAGCCCGGACCACUGACUCUGGGGUGCCUGGACUGCACGUCACACACACCAUCCGCCUGCUGCAGUACAACCGGCGCCUGCGUGGGCUUAUCAGUAGCGCCCAGCAGCAGCAGCAGCAGGGGGCAGGUGAGGUGGUGAAGAGCGAGGAGGUGGAACCACUGCCCUCACUGCCCAGCCCCCCACCGCUGCCCGAAGAGCUCGCUUCCAUGGGCACUGAGCUUGGCAGCAGCAACCUGGGAGGCUCAACGCUCAGAAUGCGGCUCCGUGACCCGGACAUGGAGACGGGUGAUUUUUACAGAGGCUGUGGAGAACCAGUGAUGGAGGUGAGCUCUGCUGAGAAUCGCCAGCUGCUGCACAGAGCUGUGGUAACGGCACUGGCACAUGCUGGCUUUGAUACUGCUAUGGAGUCAACACUAGAGACCCUAACGGACAUUACCCAUGAAUUUAUGCUCAAACUGACGAAGCUGCUUCGUGUAACAGUGGACCGGGAAGCACAGACGGGCCAGACAGGCUUUCCCGAUGCCAUAGAGCAAGUGUUCCAGGAGACGGGGCUGGGCAGCGUUCUGGAUCUCCAGGAGUUCUGGCAGGAGCGUGUGGUCGACUACCACGCUUAUGUGCUCUCAGCGAGCAGGCACUUGGCAGAGGAGUACGAGAGGCUGCUUAACCCUGAAAGGGUAUUGUCCACGAUGCUACGUGUGAAGGAGGAACCAUUGGGAGAGCAGAUCAGUUUCCCUGUGAGCGAAGAAAGUGAAACUGAGCAAACAGCUGCCGAUCAACAGCCGUUGCAGUUAGAAAUUGAGGGCCCAGAACAAUCCAGCAGCAAUGCAGGCACAGACAGUGGAGGGGAUGUGUCGCCUAUAUGGAGCCUGGUGCAGGUGAAGGCAGAGCCUCAGGAGUCAGAUGAGCCUCCUCCAGGCGUGUUGGUUGGCUGUGAAGGUGGCUUUGAUGAGCCAAUGUCAGCUCUGAGUGAAAGUGGCAUUGCACUGACACCCAAUACCACUACUUCAGAUGGCAGCCACUUGUGUCCCACACCGGACAGCAUCGCAACAGCAUCUCCACCUAUGUUUGGACAAAGGCAGCGUAAAAAGUUCAAAAAGAUGUGAAGCACGCUUGGCUGUGCCAGAUCAAGAUGGACUCUCUGCUCUGGUGGCAGGAACAGUUGCAAGUGACUGACUGGGGUGGAGGGUGCCACAAGCCCAUUGCUGGUCAAGCACAGAUGCAGUAGAAGUAGGAAUGAUAGAACAAGUAAUGCAUUAUCAUCAUCAUCUGCCAUGAUAAUUUCACUACUGGAUUAAAUUAUUCCCAAGCCACCACUAUCUCUCAUAGUCCUGCAAUCGCAGCAUGCCAUAUAGCACCUACACAUGAUCUGAUGUCAUCUGCACCGCCGUGUUCUUUAAUUUUGCUGCCACUCCGUUGUGAGUCUUGGCUACUGGCCAUCUUUCCUUCUUGCAUUGCCUUUGUUUUCUCUACCGUCAAGAUGUCUAACCUGACUAUGUUCACUGAUGCAGGCUUUCGGCUUCCUUUCUCUGUAAAUACCAGCAUGCACCUCUCUAUGCUUUGAAUGUGACAUUUGAUUUCAGAUAAAAACAAAGAAACCUGAUCAUAGCAAAUUAUACAUUUACCAUGUAAUAUUAUUUCGUGUAAUGUAUGUUAGUUUGAAAAACUGCCAGUCUAAAAUAGUUUUACAUUCAAAGAACAGUUGUUUUAUAGUAUUAAUUCAUCUAUAAUAUGCAUACUAUUUACGAGUCAAUUGUGUCUGAAAAACUGGUAAAAGAAACGCAAGUCAUUUCAUUGUAAAAUAUAUUGGUGAAAAUGCAACCACGAACAGUCAAAUCCCCACUUGGAAAAAUGCAUGAUUACCUGCAUAAUUCACCCGAUGUGUUAAAGUGUUAUAUUCCUUAAACCGAUUGUAAUGGGUGAUAUUAUGCAACCCUUAUGAGUCAAUAUGCAUUGUCCUUUGGCUUACCUGGAGUGAGUAGAUGUGGCUUAAUGGUUAUCAUUCCGCUUUGUCUUGGGUAAUAUAGAACAAUUCUUACAUUCUAAGCUCUCUUUGGAAAUGUUGAGGAAACGCCAAUUUUAGUUAAUGGUGUUAUUAAUUUUGAACUGAGAAACAGCUUUGGAGAUGUUAUUUGCACCAAUUAUUUGACAUUAAAAAGAAGAGCUUGGAUGCUGCAUGGAUUUUCACCGAUUCCACUUACAAAUACCACAAAUCUGGCUGUCGCCUGAUGAAGCUAGUUGUAAUUACUGGCGAAACGUCGUACUCCAAUUGUAAAUGUUGUGGCUUGGCUCUCCAACACACCGGUGUGCUGUACUAGUG